AUGACAAACAUUACCAGUCCUAUCGAUAUCGGGAAAUGUUCGUUGAGGCAUCGCGUCGUGAUGGCGCCGAUGACGCGCCUGCGGGCAGAUGAAAAUCACGCACCGUUGGAUAUGAUGAGGGAGUAUUAUGCGCAGAGAGCAUCAGUUCCUGGCACGCUUCUCAUUACGGAAGCGACAUUUGUGUCAGCGAAAUCACGAGGGCGUGAUGAGAAUGCUCCGGGGAUAUUCACGCAGGAGCAGGUCGAAGCAUGGCGACAUGUAACGGACGAGGUUCACAGCAAAGGGUCCUUCAUCUUCAUGCAGCUAUGGCACGUCGGUAGAGCAGCUCGUCAACAUGCGCUGGACAAGGCUGGCCUGGAAAUGGUCAGCAGUAGCGAUGUCCCCAUCGACAAAGAGUAUCCGACACCACGGCCCAUGACUACUGAGGAAAUCUGGGAGUGCAUUGCCUCUUUCGCCAGUGCCGCUAGAAAUGCCAUCAACGCGGGUUUUGACGGUGUCGAGAUUCACGCUGCAAAUGGAUACCUCAUCGACCAAUUCACGCAAGAUACAUGUAACAGACGAACAGAUGGAUGGGGCGGCAGUAUCGAGAAUCGGUCACGAUUCUGUCUCGAGAUCGCGAAAGCUGUUUCACAAGAGAUAGGCCCAGACCGGACAGCUAUUCGACUGUCACCCUUCAGUACGUUCCAAGGCAUGCGAAUGCAGGAUCCCGAGCCGCAGUUCACCCACCUGAUCUCCGAGCUGAAACCCUUGGGGCUCGCGUACCUCCAUCUCAUUGAACCCCGUAUCGCCGGAAACGUGGACAGGGAGACUGAUGACAUGGAGAGCCUUGACUUUGCGCUUGAGGCAUGGGGUUGGGUCGGACCAGUCAUUUUGGCUGGUGGUUACACAGCGGAAAAGGCAAACAGAGCCUUGGAAACAAGCUUCAAAGACCGGCCUGUUGGGUUUGCGUUUGGGAGACACUUUAUUUCUAAUCCGGACUUGCCGCUUAGGCUCGCGAGGAAUAUUCCCUUGGCGCCGUAUCAUAGGAAUACAUUUUACAAGGUAAAGAGCGCGGAUGGGUACACGGAUUAUCCUUUCAGCGAAGGACGGUAG